UUGGUUCUUUCGUUUAUUAUUUUUUUUUUCCGUAAAAUGCAUCUUUGGGGACACAGGUAGUUUACACACAGCCUCGGGUUGAAUAUGUGAAUGAGCCUCGUGAUAUCUAUCCAGGAGUUGGUAGCGGAAAGCAGCGUUGACUGAACCGGGAUAUUAAGCCGCCGAUAUCACCUUUAUCUGCCUCGAAGAUGCCCCUUUACGGUCCUAACAUGACUUGGUGCCGCCAACUUGUAGGCCGGACAAACGCUCCAAGACGAUGCUUUAGUAUCGCUAAAAACAAUGGCACACACAAGGAGCGGGUAGUGAUCCUUGGCUCAGGUUGGGCAGGGUAUGGUUUCGCUCGCACUCUUGACCCAGCCAAGUACGAGCGCAUUAUCAUCUCGCCACGCUCCUACUUUGUCUUCACCCCGUUGCUAGCCUCCACAUCUGUCGGCACCCUCGAGUUUCGCACCAUUCUGGAGCCAGUCCGCCGUAUCCCGGGAAAGAUUGGCUUCUAUCAGGGCUGGGCCGACGACAUCGACUUUGAACGGAAGAUCAUUAGUGUUGAGACGAACGCGGCCGAGGAGGCCGCGAGCAAGACGGUCAUCCCCGCUCCUUCUCCCUCAUCAUCAUCAGAAACCGGCGGGCCGGGCAAGGCACCCAAGGGCGACCUCAUCGAGAUCCCUUACGACAAGCUUGUGAUCGCUUGCGGCGCGUACAGCCAAACCUUUGGCAUCGAGGGAGUCCGCGAAUAUGCACACUUCCUCCGCGACAUCGGCGACGCCCGGCGCAUCCGCCUUCGCGUCCUCUCCCUCUUUGAGCAGUGCGCCUAUCCCCGCGGGUCCGACCACCUCAGCGACGACGACAAGCGCCAGCUCCUCCACUUCGCCAUCGUGGGCGGCGGACCGACCGGCAUCGAAUUCGCCGCCGAGCUCCACGACCUUAUCCGCGAUGACCUCGCCCCCAUCUACCCCGAGCUCGCCCCGCUGGUCAGCAUCACGGUCUACGACGUGGCCCCCAAGGUUCUUCCAAUGUUCGACCGGGCGCUCGCAAAGUACGCCAUGGACACCUUCUCACGACAAAACAUCAAGGUCAAGACCGAGCACCAUCUCGAGCGCCUCCGCCUGGCCGACGGGGAGCUCGGCCGCCGCCGCGGAGUCCUCAAGAUCAAGAUCAAGGAGUACGGCGACGAGGAAGUCGGCGCGGGCCUGGUCGUCUGGAGCACAGGCCUCAUGCCAAACCCCUUGAUCGCCAAGCUCGCCGCCAAGCGGCUUCCCCUCCCGGGUGCCAACCCCCUCAGCACCUCGCCGCCCACAACCCGGCACCUCCUCCGCGACGCCCGCACCGGCGGCAUCCUGACCGACGCCUACCUGCGGGCGCGCACGACCACCAGCACAAGCGAGCCGGGCUCCGCCCCGGAGCCGGACGGCGUCCUCGAGGACGUCUACGUCAUCGGCGACUGCGCCGUCAUGGAGAACGACCGGACACUGCCCAAGACGGCGCAGGUGGCCUCGCAGCAGGCGACCUACCUGGCCAAGGCCUUGAACCGCGCUGCCGCGGCCGGCGGCGGGGGCGGGGCGGAGGACAAGCCGUUCCGGUUCCGCAACUGGGGCACGCUGACGUACCUGGGCAGCUGGAAGGCCAUCCACCAGAGCCAGGCGGACGAGUUGAAGGGGUGGGUCGCUUGGGUAGUAUGGCGGGGCGCGUACCUGACCAAGAGCAUGUCGUGGCGGAAUAAACUGUUGGUGCCCAUCUAUUGGGUCGUGUCGUGGAUUUUUGGGAGGGGGAUUAGUCGCUUCUGAGUCGAUCCUCCAAGCUGGAUGGUAAUGGUGAUGGGUAACUGCCAGAUGUCUCGCGGGGUAGUAAUGUGCUCUGUGGUUUUGUGUUUUUGGGGCAGUCAGCAGGCAGCAGGCAGCAGGAAGAUGGAUUCCUGCCCUUUGCAUGAGAGACAAAAGCCUUUAGAAGGGAGUGGUUGGAGGUUGGCAUCUUCUUUCUCCCCUCACUCCUACUCAAAAAGAA